UGGCUCGAGUGGCCCACUUGCACUCCUGCUCGCAGCCGAAGAGGGAACAUGUAAGGCAUCACAACGAUAGGCAAAGAAAAAGGAUGAAAAGAGAGGGAGAGCAACUUUAGAGAUGUGGCUUUAUUUUAGGAACUGGCCGCACAUCCCACCUUGUUGUCCUACGCGACCAACAACGGCAGAGGGAAUGCUUGCUGUGGCGUAAACUAUUCCAUCGCCGCCGAUUUGGAAUCGGAGCCCACGGUGGAGGAAGGUUGCGUCCCGAAGCCUUGACGCCUGUAUGAAUGCUGCAUCCAUUAGUCGGAGGAGCAGCCAGCUUGGAUCACCGAGAAGAGCGCGAAUGGGAAUGUUGCUCCAAGAUCUGAUGCCAUUCACUUUAAGUUGCUGGCCUUUUCUCCUCGGUCAUUGCCUUCUCUCGCUUCUUUUACUCUCUUGCCAGGGAGAACUUCAGAGGUCAUGCUCGCAGACCGUGGCAGAGAAAGUUAGCCAACAGUGCCAGCUGGCGUGCCAAUGUAGAAGAUACCCGCCCCUUCCCCCGCCGCCGCCUCCGCCACCUCCCCCGCGGCUACAGGGCGCUACAGUGGCAGAACCUAUGGUGCCCUUAGUGAGACCCUGGUGGACGGACAUGGACUUUAUAGUGCUAGGCACAGUAGGCUGUGCCUCAGCCCUCUUCCUACUCUCAGCUAUCAUCAUCUGCUACAAGGCCAUCAAGAGGAAACCUCUGCGUAAAGAAGAAAAUGGGACAAGUCGUGGGGAAUACGCCAUGAGCAUCCGCGCCAAGAAGACCAUGGGUACAAACAACACUGUGGUAUAGACUUUUAAAGACUCCAGCUCGGGGCAAAAGUGACAGCAGUCGUCAUUUUCCACCUCUCCCCCCUUCCUUCCGUCAAUGAGCAACCUCUUCUCACCCAGAAUGCAACACAGGCUGUCAAAACCGCUGAAGACAAGAUGGACACAAACGCCACAAAGGCAAUGAAGGCGGGCGCCCGUCCUGCUUUGUGGUGUUAAAAAGCAUCCCAGCAGGCUGAACAAGUCUUGCUGAACAAGUCUUGCUGACAGGCUGCGACCGUGGGGCAGUCGGUCUGCCACCUCAUCCAGACCUCACGCUCUCAUCACAUGAGCCAUAGAAGCGCAGACAAUAGAGCGGCCCCGAUGUUGGGUCAGCCCAUCACACAAUAAAUAACGUGCAUGCACUUUUUUUCAGAGAAUGCAACUUUUUCUUAUUGCCUCCAUUUUUCUUUCUGCAUUUUGGAGACUUCCAAGGGCACGAUGUGACUGUCACUCCUGGCUCUGGGGCGUGUGCUCAUAUGACUAUGCAAUUUAAAGAAAUUCGUAUUUUGAACAAAACAAAAAAAAAAGACAAAAAGAGGAGAUGACUUCAUCAAGGUCUCAUUAUAUCAUACUUUAGUCAUUCGUCUAUUUAUUUUCUCUAUUUAUUUUUGUACUUGAACAAGAAAGAUAUUGUACAGUCGUCAAGUUUCAUUUCUUCAUGUUUUUCUUAAAGUUAAUUAUUUAUAAGUGAUGUAAUUACGCUGUGGGUUUAGUCGAGACACUGAUGCAGAAAAGGCGCUUGGCAUCGAGUUGUUUGUCUGUGUGUGUGUUUGAUAUGCUUUUAUAUUUUGUUAAAUGUCAGGGGUCUCUAUGGCGUGCUGAUGUGAAUGGGACUUACUUCCGUGCUGCGUCACACGCUCUGAAGUCAACUCAGUCCAAGUCCUCCCUUACCAACACAGUGGAAGCUCUAAAGUUGAACAGUUUGUACAAACCCCGUUUCCAUAUGAGUUGGGAAACUGUGUUAGAUGUAAAAAUAAACGGAAUACAAUGAUUUGCAAAACAUAUUCAGUUGAAUAUGCUACAAUGACAACAUAUUUGAUGUUCAAACUGAUAAAAAAAAUGUUUUUUGCAAAUAAUCAUUAACCUUAGAUUUUGAUGCCACCAACACGUGACAAAGAAGUUAGGAAAGGUGGCAAUAAAUACUGAUAAAGUUGAGGAAUGCUCAUCAAACACUUAUUUUGAACAUCC